GGAUUCACUUUUAAUUCUUACAAUAAUCAUUUUCUUUUCACAAAGUUUACUUUCACUAGUCUUUCUUAUUAUUCCUAUUGCUUCCUAAUUUUCGUUUUCUCUCUCAUGUAGAAUGGUGGAGCUAGGGACGGCCUUAAAAUGUGUUACUUUAAUUGAAUAAUGGAAACAGAGAAAAACUCAACGGCACAUUAAUUUUCCUAUAAAUCAUGUCGUUCAGUUCAAGUCAUUUAGAGGACACUCACAAUAUUUUCAAGAAAAAACAAUGGGUUCCAAUACUUUUGCAUUUUCACCACUACCCCAUGUUUUCACAAUUCCAAUUAUCUUCAGCCUUCUAUCUAUAGCUAACACCGCUUUGGCUUGCAACAAUACUACCAAUCCUUCGUACAAUCAUCACACCAAAACCGUUCAUGAAAACACCACCACCAACAUUCCUUCAAAUCACUAUACCAAAACCUACAUAAACUACAUUAAAACCUCAUGCAGUUCAACCACUUACCCUUCAACAUGCUACCGAUCUUUACACCCCUAUGCUUUGAAAAUUGAAGCUAACCCUUUGAAGCUCUGCAAUGUUUCUCUCUCACUAGCCUUAAGUUCUGCUUAUCGUGCCACUAACACCGUAUCAAAGCUUUUGAAGCACAAUGACGAUCUGGCACACACAACAGAACAAGUGGUGGAGGAUUGCUUUGAGAAUCUGAAGGAAUCCAUUGGAGAGCUUCAGGAUUCUCUUGCUGCCAUGGGAAAUUUGAAUGGAUUUGAUAAAGGGUUUCAGGUCAGCAACAUCAAGACGUGGGUGAGUGCAGCUAUGACCGAUGGUCAAACGUGUUCUGAUGAGGAAAAUUACAUGGAUGGUGCUGUGAGGGACAAGAUCAGAAAGAAUGUUUUGAAGGUGUUGAGGAUAACAAGCAAUGCUUUGUAUUUCAUUAACAAUCUCAACUACUAAACUAAAGUGAUCAGUGAUCAUGCUUACCUCACUGAGGCUAGCUUUUAACUUGUUUAACUUCUAUGCUUAUUUAUUCUUU